AGGUGAAUCAUGGGAGCGGCUGCAUCAGGAGUUUCAACGCAAAUGCAGGCGGAACAUGAUCCCAAUGCUAAUUUCCCAUGGUGGGUCCGAUUUCUCGCUAAGGGAGUUGGUAUUGUUGGUGGAUUUUUAGCGAUAUUUUUCGGAGCUCUUGGUCUUAUAUCGCUUUCGCCCACAUGUGUUAUUGCAGUAUUGUUACAGAUGCUAUUCGGUUUCUUGGUUAUUGCACUGGAAGCUCCUUUCUGUUGUGCGUUUGUAGAUUUUAUCGAACGACUUGCACAAUUCAGCGAGUCUCGAAAGCACUGGCAUAAAGCUGCUUUGUAUGGAGCGAUGGGGAUUGCGCCAAUAAUUAUGUGUUUUGAGCUGAACACUUUCCUUGGAUCUGGCUUGAUUUUCGCUUGUGGAACUAUCUAUGGAUUCAUGGCGCUUGGUAAAAAGGCUGAUCGUGGAACAAUGAUGGCAGCUGGUGAUCCAGCAUGGAGUCCGCAAGUGAAUCAACCUUCGAAUUUUGCGUGUGACUGCACAUGCCGCAUUUCAUGUGACGGCUCAGCUGGCGUAUACGGUCACGGGAACCACCUUUUUACUACUGAAACGGUGGAAGAUGCGCCGAUAAUUUUCCGGUUAUUAAGAGUGAACGGCAUAAAGACAAGAGUUAUGCCAAUUAUGGCUUAUCAGAAACUUGGCGAUAGUGGUGCAGAAAUAAGCAGUGAUUGUUUGUCAGAUGAAGAAGAUGGGCUUCUGGAGCCGCGGUUCAAAUAUCAAAGGAUUGAAGGACCUGACGCAAAACAGUUGAUGGCCACGCAAGUGGUAAGUGCAAUCACAGCUCAUCUCAAACUCAUUGUAAUCGGGACCCAAAUGGGCUACAUAUGGAUCAUGGAUCAUUUCGGCCAUGUGGAUCAUCAACACGUCCCGGUAAUUCGCCCGCACAGAAGCGCUGUGAUGAAACUAACUAUAGAUAGUGCUGGGAACUAUAUAAUGAGCUGCGGAAACGAUGGACGGGUUGCUAUCUCAGGAGUAGGAUGUGAUGAGUUGAAUUAUGUAAUAAACAUGGCGGUCAUGCCUCGUUCUAUAGCCAUAAGCCCAACUUUCUCAAAACCAGCCUCUGUACCGAUGUUCGUGAUCGCUGAAAGGAACUUGGCCAUUUACGAGAAGAAGUUCUUCAAAUAUAGGGAUAAUGUUAUUUUUUCUGGUGGAGAGAAGGAUGGUUUCAUCUCGCAAUGUUCAUGGCAGCAAUCACUCAUAGCCUUCACAAAUGAUGGCGGAACAAGAAUUUAUGACAGACUCUCAGAGCGAUUGAUCUCCCUAAUACCUCCAUCUCAUGAUAUUGAUCUUGCGCGUUCAUCCCAGUAUCCUCCUUCACAUUGCUGGAUAGAUGAUACUCUGGUGGCAAUCGCAUGGGCGGAUACCCUCACAAUUGCAAAAGUGAGAACAGUGGAAGGAUCGGCCGUUAGGAGGGCAGAGAUCCAUUUUUCGUGGCACCUCAGCAUGUUUUGUUCGGGAGUAUCCUAUGCUGUAGGAGAUUCUGAUGAGUGUCCCAAUAUCAUAGUGUUCGGACUGAAAUAUGGUUGCGAAGCGAUAGCUAUUGAUACUCCUUCAGAAGUGUCGGAACAAACUGUUAUAUCCAGCAGCUCUAGUGAGUCUAAAGCGGAUGAUGCAGUACCGUAUGUCCAGUUCUGCCUGUUUGAACCAAAAAAUUUCUCAUCUUACACCCUUUUGGCAGAGGAUCGUCUCAGCCUAGCAGCAAAUCAUUCCUCACAACCAUGUCAGUUUGCCAUGGUCGGCCUUCCCUGUUACGAGUCUUACUUUCUCGCUGGCCCAUCUGAUCUCGUUAUGGUGACUCCUUAUUGUGCGGAGGACACCAUUCGCUGGAGGGUUGAAAACGGAUUGAUGGAAGAAGCAUGGGAAUUGGCUUGCGACAAGCACGCUGAGCUCGAAGGUACCAAAUGGAACAGCAGAUCGAUAGGACGUGCAAUGAUUGAACACCUCAUCUCAUCCGGGAAACCUCGACAAGCAGCGGCUAGAAUGGCAGAGGUGUGCGGCACUGUCAGCACGGAGUGGGAGUGGGCCAUUAGUGCGUUUGAGCGAUCUCGUCUGUGCACUCUUAUCGCUGAAUUCCUUCCAACAAGUAAUCCACAGCUAGAGCCAGAAUGUUAUGAAACUGCACUUCAAGCUGCGCUAUAUAAUGACGUUGACCUCUUCAAGCGCCUCGUACAGCAAUGGUCCCCAGAUUUAUAUCGAACCGGUUUUAUCACUGGUCUGACGUUGAAACGUAUCCAGGAAAUUGUUUCGUCCCAGUUGGAGCCAAAUCGGUCUUCUCAAAGCGAUGAAAUUCAUCUCUAUCAGGCAUUGGCACAUUUGUACCUCCACGAAAGGAAGUUUGACUCAGCGUUGAAGAUCUACCUCAGUUUAAAAGAUCCGCAAAUCUUUGCUGUCAUUGACAAAUAUCAACUCUUUGAACAGGUGAAAGACCAGGUAUCUGAGUUGAUGCGUAUCAAUACGGAUCGUGCUCUGCGACUUCUUCUAGAUAACGAAGACAACGUACCGGCUUCUUUGGUUAUGGCGAAAAUAGCACGUCAGCCGAAAUUACAGCUAGCUUAUCUGACGAAGCUUCUCAACAAAAACGAAGGAGCUGAAUAUGCCGAUCAAGCCGUCCGCCUAUAUGCAGAUCAUGACAGGAAGAAGUUAAUCCCUUUUUUGAGGAAAAAUGAGAAUUACCACAUCCGGAAAGCUUUAGAAAUUUGCCGUCAGAAGAACUUCGUUGAAGAGAUGAUUCUGUUAUUUGGUAAGAGCGGCAAACAUGCUGAAGCUCUUGAUUUAGUGAUAAAGAAAUAUAAUCAAUUGGAUAAAGCGAUCGAGUAUUGCCAGGAACACGAUGACACUGACUUAUGGGCUCGACUGAUUGAGGAAGUGAUUGAAACACCCGCUCACAUAGCAUAUUUACUUAACCAUGCUGGAAGUAGCAUUGAUCCGCUUCAUGUAAUCGAAAAGAUCCCUCCGACUAUGCCUGUGCCUGGUCUACGCGAUGCUCUUGUCAAAGUCCUUCGAGACUACGCAGCUAAGGUCGCGCUGCAGUGCGGUUGUCAAGAAGCGACUCGUGGAGACGUACGCGAGCUUCUUACGCAGCAUUUGCAAACUCAAAUCUUGCCGGUUUACUACACUCUAGAAUCGCAUUGUUCAGUAUGUGGAAAGAGGUUGGUGAUGUCUGAUCCACGGGGUGCUGAGCUGAGGAUGUUUGGUUGCGGACAUAUCGCGCAUUUAUCCUGCUGUUUAGAGGCAGAAAGGAAAUCUGUUCUGGAGCCAGGAACAUGUUUCGCAUGUAGUGAUGCAGUUGGAGACGAAAUCGUUUCAUGAUCCCAAUCUUGCCUCACUAAUCAGUCACACUGUAUUUGCCAACAAUGGGUACAGCUUUUUAACUUGUGUAAUUUUUACAUGUGCAGGCACUUAUUAUCUUUGUACAUAAUGUAUAUCUAUGUGACUGCCAAUACUUCUAUGUGGAACAAAGAUUUCUAUCAUCAGACCUUGCAGUGUUUGCGAGUUUUCCUUCUAUGAAAUAAGUCAUAAAUUCACUAAAUUGUUUAUUAUGACUAUGUAUUGCUCAAAGAUAGUGUUUGAAUAGUGAAAGAAUUGUUGCCUUGCGAGUAUUGAGGUUCUCCAGUUGUAAGCAUGACUCGUGAUUUCCACCAAUC